AUGCGCGGGUAUCGUCAGAGUCUGGGCAGAAUUGCGGAGGUUUCGGAGACUUCAGCUGCUGACCUGGAUAGUAACGCUCGGAAAAUACCUCACAAUGGGGUAGAGUCGGGAUCUGCUGUACAUUUUCCGGAUCAACUUGACGGCGAGAACUCGAGACUUGGGGACAAGCAACCUGAAGAAGGACUUGGGAAUGCAAAGAAUAAUCAUGCCGGCGUGUGGACUCGACGUCGUGUGAAUUUGGCAAUAUUCAUCGUCUACUAUCUCACGAGCCUUCAGCUACAAAUCAGCAAUCAUCUCAUUGUCCACACCAUGAGCAGUUUCGGGAAACAUCAUCUGACAGCGACGAAUGGGAUUGUUGCCAGCAUCAUUGGAGCUGUGAUCAAGCUGCCUAUGUCUAAAGUGGGCAAUACCUGGGGGCGAGUUGAGCUAUUUGUUACGGUAGUGCUUGUAACAGUACUUGGCCUUAUUUUGGCGGCAACUGCUAAAACUGUGACAUUGUUCAUGGUUGCACAGACUUUAUGCUGGAUUGGUUACGAUGCUAUCUCGUAUAUCCUUGGUAUUGGUAUAGCCGACAUAACCCGGAUCAAAGAUCGAGGCUGGCUUUUCGCAGUCAGCAAUUCACCACAUCUCAUCAACACGUUUGUCGGCCCUAUCGCAGCGCAAUCACUUCAUAAACGCGGUAACUGGCGUUGGGCCUAUGGUGCUUUUGCAGUCAUUUUGCCUGUGUUUUCCUUACCGUUGGCAGCCACGCUCUUCGAUGAUCCUCGCAGGCUCACGCAAGGAAACCAGAAGUCCCAAGAGCCCUCGGAACCUGUGAAUCGCCGACAAAAAGUAUGGAGAAUAACCAGAAGCCUUUUGGUAGAGUCUGAUGUUAUCGGCGGCAUUCUGCUCGGAGCAUCCUUCGCAAUGCUCCUAUUGCCACUUAGCUUCGGGGUGUUCUCACAGAAACCCUCAAAGGCUCCUCGUCUGGCAUUCAUGCUAGCUUUGGGUGUCUGUCUCCUUCCCAUUCUCGUCAUGUGGGAGCGGCACCAGUUCAAGACUCGGAAUGUCGCUUUUCGUGGCUUAAUCAAUCCAACCAUACUCGGAGCUUGUAUCUCCAGCGCAGCGCUCUUUGCCAGUUUCUACUGUUUAGAUUCAUACUUCCUUUCAUACCUGCAAGUGGUCCAUAAUCUCACACUAUCAAGAGCGGGAUAUGUGCACAACGUCUACAUUGUUGGAUCUUGCUUCUUCGCAUUAUGUACCGGAAUCUCGAUUCGCUUCAACGGAAAGUAUACAGCCUUGGCUCUUGCGGCUACUGCUUUCGAUUUUCUGGCGACAGGUCUGACCAUAAUUAUCCGGCAAUCAAACAAAGCACCGUGGCAUAUCAUUACAAAUCAACUGAUAUUAUCUUUUCCCGGUGGUACCAUGGGGAUUUGUGGAACGAUGGCGGUUAUGGCGGUGGUUGAGAGCUCAGAGGUGCCAAUAUCGCUGGCCUUAUUCAGUCUCUUUACAGGACUUGGUGCUGCCACUGGACGGGCUGUUGCUGCUGCUUUAUAUAUAAAUUAUAUGCCUAAAUUGUUGGAGCAAUAUCUUCCUCUUGACGCUAAGCCAUGGGCCAAAAUCAUAUACGGAAGCCUCAACCAGCAACUCAGUUACCCCAUGGGCAGCACAGUCAGGCACGCGAUCAUCCGUGCUUAUGAAGAAUUCAUGCGGCACACGUGUAUUGCAGGGCUGGGAUUCCUACCGUUAGCUCUACUGCUAGUGGCACUGUGGGAGAAUGUGAAUGUCAAUGAAUUGCAUGAAGGAAGGCGGAUAGUGGUUUGA